CUCAACCCCGCCACAACUACAAGACCAAUACUCACUACCUCAACAUGGCCGACAAACUCAGAGCUCAGCAACAACUCGAAGCCCUCCAAGCGCGCUUCGUCGGCGUCGGACACCCCGACACCACAAAGUUCGAAUGGACGUCGAAUAUUGCGCGCGACUCGAUUGCUUCUUACAUUGGUCAUCCCCCCAUGCUACAGUACAUGAGUAUCGGCUUGGGACAGCCGAAGGAGAAGACGAGGAUACAAUUGAUUGAGCGCAUGAUACAACCAGUAGGGAAGCCGCCUGCGAAAGAAGUUUGAGAGUCAUGUUAGGGGUCAUUAGCCCACGCCAACCACGACUCUCCCAGGACAUGUUACAGAGCCGCACAGCCAGACGAUUCGAUUCGAACAAUCCAGGAAUUUGAACCAUGGCAUUUGAUGCACUGGAGGGUAUCUAACGCAAGAGACUCAUGCACCUGCAGUCACGCUGUACUACGGCAUGCUAUCCUCAGCGAACCGACCCUACCAGAUCAAGUUCUCUAGGAGCACCCCUCGCGCCUGUAUUCAAGCGCUUGGAGAGGUUACAAUAUCUAUGUAGAUGAACUAGCAGCCUGAGCGGAGGCCGCAGGCCUUUCCGCAACCAAUAAGAGGCAAUACCCAUCGAGUUCUCC